CGGAGCAGGAAGUGGCCUCUGCAGGGCGCGCCUCCUCCGCGGCGCCGGGCGGAGCGGAGGGCCCGGGAGGCAGCCGGAGCCUGAGUCCGCGAGCCGGGAGCGAGCCCCAAUGGCCGCCGCCUCGCCUGCGGUGGACGAGCUGUCCCGGAACUUCACCUACUGGGCGCAGGGCGCCGCCAAUGGCUCCCUGUCGGGCGCGUGGUACCGCAGGAACCAGAUUCACCUGUUGGGAGUUUUGCUAGCCAUUUUAGGAAAUUUGGUAAUGAGUAUUUCCCUAAAUAUUCAGAAAUAUUCUCAUGUCCAGUUGGCGCACCAGGAACACCCAAGGCCCUACUUCAAGAGCGCGUUGUGGUGGGCUGGGGCUGCCCUCAUGGCUGUGGGCGAGAUGGGCAACUUCGCCGCCUACGGAUUUGCUCCCAUUACUCUCAUCGCCCCAUUAGGCUGUAUGUCUGUCACAGGUAGUGCCAUUAUUUCUGUUAUGUUUCUGAAAGAAAACUUAAGAGCUUCAGAUUUACUAGGUAUGACAUUGGCAUUUGCGGGAACAUAUUUAUUGGUGAACUUUGCUCCAGAUAGAAAUCAGUCUAUCUCUGCAAGAACAGUCCAGUAUUACUUUGUUGGCUGGCAGUUCCUGAUCUAUGUGAUUUUAGAAAUAUUAAUUUUCUGCACUCUGCUGUAUUUCCACAAGAGAAAGGGAAUGAAGCACAUGGUGAUUCUGCUAACCCUGGUGGCACUUCUAGCCUCGCUAACUGUUAUUUCGGUAAAAGCCGUCUCGGGCAUGAUCACUUUUUCUGUGACGGAGAAAACGCAGCUAACUUAUCCCAUCUUCUAUAUCAUGUUUAUCAUCAUGAUCGCGUCUUGUGUUUUCCAAGUCAAGUUCCUGAGUCAAGCCACGAAGCUCUACAACACAACAAUGGUGGUGCCAGUCAACCAUCUUUUCUUUACGACCAGUGCCAUUACUGCAGGUAUAAUAUUUUAUCAGGAAUUCCAUGGUGCAGCUUUUCUAACUGUAUUUAUAUAUAUUUUUGGGUGUUUUCUAUCAUUCCUUGGUGUGUUUUUGGUCACAAGAAAUCGAGAAAAGGAGCAUCUGCCACAGUCCUACAUUGAUUUUGGAAAUAUUCCGGGGAAACAAAUGUUGGACAAAAUACAGCCAGAUUCAAAUGGCUUAUCCUACGGAACCCUGCUUGAUGGAAGUGACUCAACAAAGAGCCAAAGUGGAGAGAAGAAAGAGGUCUGAGCUGCCAAGAGGGAUGGCCACUGGCCUGUUAUUCGAUCCCACCUUUAAAAACCCUCCCCUUGUGUCCCAGCUAGGUCGCGCUGACGUGCACAAGCAUCG